AUGGCGAGUCACCUGCACGGCUUCUUCGUGACAAUAGUUCCUGCUGGGGUAGCUGUUCGUCGGGCUCACAACAAGUCCCGCACAGGCUGCUUUACGUGCAAGAUCCGUCAUGUCAAAUGCGGCGAAGAGAAGCCUCGAUGUAGCAACUGUGUGUCGAAGGGAAAGGACUGUCAAUAUUCGGCGUCGAUCAAACGAUGGGUCAAAAAGCAAGGGAAGGCUGCCGCUAUCAAGCAUUCGCCGCUGGGACCCGGUGUCGAGAUGUCAAAGGUCUCGGCAUCUUUCACUCUGCAUGACCUUCGGUUGUUCCACCAUUUUCUCUGCUUCGCGUACCCGCCACUGCCCCUGGCCAACAAGUCAGCUUGGACCCAAGAGGUACCUCAACUCAGUCACCAUUCGGAGCACCUGAUGAAUGCUUUGUUGGCUCUGGCAGCGUCGCACAUGAGUACACUAACCGGAGUAGACGAUGACCAAUGCACUGCAUUAUUGCACAAGGGUCGUGCAAUAUCUGGUCUCAAAGAUGCAUUCGCAAAAUCCCACCAUUCCUCAGUCGAGUACGAUGUGAUGUUGGCAACUUGCUAUGCCUUGGCCUUUCAGUCCGCUCUCUUGCCAGAGUCAGCUUUCGACUUUGCCACAUUCGUCAGAGGUUGCGCUCUUGUCACAACCCGUAUCCGAGAUGAAGGAAAGCAGACGAUUUUCAACAUUCAGAGUAAUUUGAGUGGAUCUCCAACCCAACACGCAACCUUAUCCAGACUCAGUACCGCAAGCCUGUCACCAGGUUCUAGAUUCCAAAUAUUGCUGUCGAAGGGCAUGUUAGCACUCCGUGCAGCUCACCCGUGUAUUGAACACGCAGGCACUGGCCAAAGGUUCUAUAGAGCCUUGGAGUCGACGUUUUCUGGAUUUCAAGUAUCUCCGAGUUGGGGAUAUGACGAGUUUCUCAGCUAUUACGCUGUAUGGUUCAAGCUUGCAGAAGCAAAAGAAGUCUUUUCCCCGGAUGCAGUCAGCGAGGCAGCUUUCUUGCUAUGGGCCUAUUUCAUCAGUCUCCAACUUCUGAUCACCAUGCUCGUGGUGGAAAUAACCGGGUUCGUGAUGAACGGAGACCAUGCAGCAACGCUCGGUCAUUCAGAUGCGGCUGCAAAAAUGACGAAAUUGGUGGAAUGGCUAUGUGCGAUUGAGGCUAUAAUGCCUGCUGACUUGCGGACACACCUUACUUGGCCGGCCCUUGUUUCGGACGAGGUACUCUCUGGGUUGCACGUGCCAAUGGUAUCAAAGACUCGGGUUGAGUCGAAAGUGGAAGUACUUCGCAACUUGGGCUCACGCUCUCAUAACGUGUUGGGAAAUCUUUUGGAGCUCUCCGCGAGUCUCGCCAACUGGACCGAAGAUCUCCUGUCAUCACGGAGUGGCAAUGAAGAGAAUAGCGGUGCAAAAGAAGGGUGGCGGAUAGCAACAACCCAGAUUGCCUUUGGGAUUCUGGACCAAAUGACACAGAAUAGACCUAUCGACAAGUGCUGCAUUCCUGAGACGGAAGCUACACCCUUCAGCACUUCUACCCCACCGAUAUCCAGGGAGAUGUUGACCAAUGCAAAUCAACGAGCUGAGACACAGCCGCAGAUUCCCUGUUAG